AGUGAUCUGCGACUCCUCUCGAGUCAGCCUCGCUGAAGUGAGAGCAGCCACAGUGCAAAAUAACCCUUGGCCAUGCGGGUGCUGCUCGCUCAUGGGUGGUGCAAAGUCUGCUGGGCUCCUUAGCGCUGCGGGGAGCUGAACUGCUAUCUUGAAUUCUUUCCCAGUGCCUUGUGGGAGAUCUUGCCUGUCCUUUCGGGCUGCCCGGGGGGAAUUGCGGGACGGUCCUGGAGGACUAGCUGCUCUCGAGUGGCGGUGUGAGCCGGGUGGUCGUGUUAGCUGCUGAGAGGCAGCACCUGUGCUAACGGCCGCGAAGACGAGCCGUUCAAUCACACACGCCCGGUGGCUCAUGUCGUUUGCGUCUCCUCUCAGCCAGGAGGAAGCACAAGCCAUCGAUCAAGAGCUCUUCACGGAGUACAAGUUCAGCGUCGACCAACUCACGGAGCUGGCGGGGCUGAGCUGUGCGACGGCCAUUGCCAAGGCCUAUCCGCCCAGCUCCUUCACCAAAAGCCCACCCACGGUGCUGAUCGUCUGUGGCCCGGGGAAUAACGGCGGGGACGGCUUGGUCUGUGCCAGGCACCUGAAGAUGUUUGGCUACGAGCCGAGCGUGCAUUACCCCAAGCGGCCCGGCAAAGCUCUGUUUGAAGGGUUGACGACUCAGUGCCAGAAGAUGGACAUUCCCUUUCUCUCGGAGUUCCCGUCGGAGGCCAUGCUGAUUGAUGAGUUGUAUGGCUUGGUGGUGGAUGCUAUUUUCGGGUUCAGCUUCAAGGGAGCCGUGCGGGAACCUUUCGGCAACAUCCUCAGGACCUUGGAGCAAGUCACCGUCCCCAUCGCCAGCAUCGAUAUCCCCUCCGGCUGGGACGUGGAGAAAGGCAGCCCCGACGGCCUCCAGCCCGACAUGCUCAUUUCUCUCACUGCCCCCAAGAAAGCAGCGCUGCAUUUUGCUGGCCGCUAUCACUUCCUGGGGGGUAGGUUUGUGCCACUGGCUCUGCAGCAAAAAUACUCGCUUAAUCUGCCGCCCUACCCCGAGACUGACUGCGUCCUGCAGUUACCCUAGCCGGGGCCAGGCAGGAUUGGCUUUAGCCAAAAUCUGUCUGGGGGCGAUUUGAUUGUGAAGCAGAGACAAGCCCUGCCCAGUGUUUGACUGAAUCAAGCAGGUGUUGGGGGGGUGGGGAGCAUUGCUAGUUAGUAGGGGUGAGGCCUAGCUGUGCUGCACAAGUAGGGCCUGGUUCUGCAAAGCGCCUUUGACUUGCGUUGAUCUCACGGGUGGGGGCGCUCAGCACCUCGUUUGGUGCUAGGAAAUCCCCGGCAUAGCUCUGCCUGGCGCGUGCAAAGCCAGCUGUGGUCAGCACACGUGU